AUGCAACCAAAUUCUGAAUCUAUAUAUUUUAAGGGUUAUUUAAGUGUGGUUAAGGAGGCAACAUAAAAUGAAUAUAUAGAAAAUUUCUUUUUAAUAAAAGAUCUUUUUUACUAAAAUCAACCAUUUAAAACUAUAGAUGAAGCAAUAGAAAUGUCUAAAAAUAAUUUCUUUUGUUAAUUAUUAAUGGAACAAUUUAAUAAAGUGUUAAAUUCAUAAAAAAUUAAAGAAGGAGAUUAUCAAAUUGCCAAAUAGUUUGUGUUAAAAGUUAAAGGUAUAUUUUGAAUUUAUAAAUAUAAUAGAUAAAGAAGUAUAUUAUUAUUGUGAAAUGGUAAAUGAAGGAGAAUUUAGAAAGAUAAAUGGUGGAAUAUUCCAGCCUAAAAUUAACGAGAUAGAUUCAUAUUUUAAUGCAUUUUCUAAAUACGUCUAUUCAUUUUCAAAUGAAAAUUAUAUUAUUACUCAUCCUUAAAUUUGUGGAAAAAAUGUUUAUGAUAUGAUAGUAAGUACAAAAAACAAAGGAUCUUUUUCAAUAUUAGAUUAAGGAGAAAAUGAAAUUCGAAAAUUUUUAGAAAUUAUUGAUAAUUAACCUUCCUAAAUGAUUAAAACCUAUUGGAAUGAUAAUGUAGAAGCAAUAACUAUGGAAGGAUUUAAAUGA